AUGUCUGGGAUGGGGGUGGGAAAUUUGGGAAUUGGGGAGGAAAUUCCCGCCGGUGACUGGACUGCGGAAUUCCCAGGGCUGGGCCAGCAGAGCGAUCCGUCGGGAUUCGCGCCGGCGCUGAGCCCCGGCAGCCCCCUGGUGUCGCCGCAGCUGCCGCCGGCGCCGCCCGCGCCCGGCUACCAAUCGCCGGAGCUGAAAUCCUGGCAGGCCGGGAACGUCGGGAAUAACGGGGUUUUCGGCCCGGCGGGCGCGGCGCCGGCGGCUCCGCAGGGGAUGUACAACAACAUGAGCAUCACCGUCUCCAUGGCCGGACCCGGCGUUCCCGGCAUUCCCGGCCCCGGUGUUCCCGGCCCCGGCAUUCCCGGCCCCGGCGUUCCCGGCUCCGGUAUUCCCGGCUCCGGCGUUCCCGGCGGCUCCGGCGGCGUUCCCGGCGGCGUUCCCGGCAUGGGCGCCAUGGGCGGCGGCAUUCCCAUGAAUCCCGUCAUGGCCGGCAUCAACUCCAUGUGCUCGGAGCAGGUGCCGGAGGCGGCGCUGAGGCCCCCAGGGCUGUUCUGUAACCAGCUGGGCCCCGCGGAGCUGCUCAAGGCCGAGCCCGACGGCGCCCAGGUCAGUUGGUGCUCCUCAGAUGUCACCAGAGCUCCGGGGGGGGACAGUCCCAAAACUCCGGGAGGUCCCCGGGGGGGUCACGGAAUGGGGUGGGUUGGGUUGGGGUGGGUUGGAAGGUUCUUCCAGGUCAUGGUUGGCACCAGGGUCACACCAGCGUUGGGUGGCACCCGUGGGUGCCACCUCUUGGGGCUGAGGUCACCAGGGGCACACCAAUGUUGGUGACAUCCAGUGGGUGACACCUCCUGGGGUUGGAGCCACCAUAGUGCCACCAGCACUGGGUGACAUUUCUUGGGGGUGAGGUCACCAAGGUCAUAACAAUGCUGGUGACACCCAGUGGUGCCGCCACCUCCUGGGGCUCAGGUCACCAUGGUCACACCAGCAUUGGGUGACACCCAUUGGGGUUGGUGCCACCAAGGUGCCACCAGUGUUGGUGUUACCCACUGGGGUUGAGGUCACCAAGGUGCCUCCGGUGUUGGGUGACACCGAGGUCACACCAGUGUUGGGUGACACCUCGUGGGGCUGAGGUCUCCAAGGUCACACCAAUGUUGAGUGACAUUUCUUGGAGUUGAGGUCACCAUGGUGCCACCAGUGUUGGUGUCACCCAUUGGGGUUGAGGUCACCAAGGUGCCUCUGGUGUUGGGUGACACCAAGGUCACACCAGUGUUGGGUGGCACCAAUUGGGGUUGAGGUCACCAAGGUCACACCACACCCAGUGGUGCCACCACCUCUUGGGGCUGAGGUUGCCAUGGUCACACCAGUGUUGGUGACACCCACUGGGGUUGGAGCCACCAAGGUGCCACCGGUGUUGGGUGACACCCAGUGGAUUUCAGGUCACCAAGGU